AUGUCAGGGAUACCACUUUUUAAUAUACCAAAUACUAAACGAACGAAUAAUAAUAAACUUUUACCAAAUUUAUCUAUACCUUCUAUUCAUAAUAAUACGACGCCCACACCCAUUAGUAAUUUAGAUAUAAAUAAUACAAAUAAUGACAACAAUAAUGACAAUUAUGAACAAUUAAUUUAUGAUCCUUUACGAAAUUUAACUUUACAAACUAAAUUAUUAAAUCAAUCGCAUUCAACCACAUCAUCUUCAAAUUCUUUAUCAUCGUCUACUCCGUUAACAGUUACUUCUGCAGCAUCAGCAAGUUCAAAAUUAAGAAGAAAACCACCACCAAAUUACGAAUCAGAACAGAAUUUAUACGACGAUAAUUUCAAUAAUUUCAAUAAUUUCAAUAAUUCAAGUUGCAAAGAAAAUCGCGAUCCAGAUCCAGAUCGAGAUCGAGAUACGGCAAAUACAAGUGCUAAUAGCUAUGAUGAGUUUUCAUUUGAUGCAACUUUAAAAUUACCAACUACUAUAAAUGAUCUAGCUCCUAAAGAUUGGAAUUUCUAUGCAAAUACAAAUAAAAUUAAAGAAAUGUGUGUAUUAGGAGAAGGUAAUGGUGGAUCAGUUACGAAAUGUUUUAUUGAACAACUACCAAAUAAACAAAUCUUUGCAUUAAAGAAGAUUACAACUGAUCCAAAUCCAGAGGUAAGAAAACAAAUAUUUAGGGAAUUAGAAGUUGCUAGAAAAUGUCAACAUUCAAAUAUAGUUCAAUACUAUGGUACUUUCAUAAUUGAAAAACAAAGUCUAAUAGGUAUCUCAAUGGAAUAUAUGGAUGGUAAUUCAUUAGAUGCAAUAUAUAAAGAAGUUUUAAAACGAGAUAAAACAAAUAGAAUUAAUGAAAAAGUCCUUGGUAAAAUUGCAAAUAGUAUAUUGCAAGGUUUGAAUUAUUUACAUUCGAGAAAUAUAAUACAUAGAGAUAUCAAACCUUCCAAUAUUUUAUUAGAUUCCAAGGGGAAUGUCAAAUUAUGCGAUUUUGGAGUUAGUGGGGAAGCAGUAAAUUCAAUAGCAAAUACAUUUGUUGGUACACAAUUUUAUAUGGCUCCUGAAAGAAUCACUGGUGGUUCAUAUUCUAUAACUUCAGAUAUUUGGUCAUUAGGAAUUUCAUUAUUAGAAGUUGCAAAUGGUAAAUUUCCGUUAGAAAUUUCAUUAGGACCAAUUGAAGUUAUUGAUUCAAUAAGUAGAAGUGAUUUAAAUUUAAAAGAUAAUGAAGUGGAUCAUAUUUAUUGGACAAUUGAAUUCAAACAAUUUAUAAAUAAAUGUUUAAUUAAAAAUUUUAAACAAAGACCAAUACCUAAUGAUUUAAUAAUUAAUGAUUUUUGGUUAUUACAACUGCAAAAGCAAAUUGUCAACUUAUCAAAAUUUGUUAAAAUAGUUUGGGAAUUAAAUGAAUAA